AGAUCUGCAAACAUGUCUGGAAAACCAGUUUGCAUUGCUGAUUUUGAAGAGUAUGCUAAAAAAUUCCUCCCCAAAUCAGUCUAUGAUUAUUACAGUUCUGGAGCAGAUGACCAGGAAACGCUAGCAGAUAACAUAGCAGCAUUUUCAAGAUGGAAGCUGUAUCCCCGGGUGCUCAGGGAUGUGUCGGCUAUGGACUUGUCAACCUCAGUCUUGGGGCAGACGGUCAGCAUGCCAGUCUGCGUUGGAGCCACCGCUAUGCAGCGCAUGGCGCACCCUGAUGGAGAGACAGCGACCGCUAAAGCCUGCCAGGCAAUGGGGACAGGAAUGAUGCUGAGCUCUUGGGCCACCUCUACAAUUGAAGAAGUGGCUGAAGCAGCACCAGCUGGCCUUCACUGGCUUCAGCUUUAUGUAUACAAGGACCGGGAGGUUACCAAAUCCCUGGUGAAGCGUGCGGAGAGAGCAGGCUACAAAGGGAUCUUCGUGACAGUGGACACACCGUUCCUCGGCAGGCGCAUUGAUGAUGUGCGCAACAAGUUCCAGCUUCCUCCCCACCUCAGAUUAAAAAACUUUUCAAGCAAUGACCUGGCAUUCUCCUCAGGGAAAGACUUUGGAGAAAAUAGUGGACUGGCUGUGUACGUAGCCGAGGCAAUUGAUGCAAGUGUCAAUUGGGAGGACAUCAAAUGGCUUCGAGGGCUGACCUCACUGCCCAUCGUGGUGAAAGGAAUCCUCAGGGCUGAGGAUGCCAAAGAAGCUGUAAGGAUUGGGAUAAAUGGUAUCCUGGUGUCAAAUCAUGGAGCACGACAGCUUGAUGGGGUUCCUGCAACUAUUGAUGUCUUGCCUGAAAUCAUUGAGGCUGUGGAGGGAAAGGUGGAGGUGUUCCUAGAUGGUGGUGUAAGAAAAGGCACAGACAUUCUCAAAGCGUUAGCUCUCGGUGCCAAAGCUGUGUUCAUCGGGAGACCUCUCAUCUGGGGAUUGGUUUAUCAAGGUGAAGAAGGAGCAAAAGAAAUUCUCCAGAUGCUGAAGGAAGAGUUUCGCCUUGCGAUGGCACUGUCAGGAUGCCGGAGAGUAGAAGAAAUUGGCAGGACACUGAUACGAAGACAUCAAGUAUUAUUUUCCAAGAUUUAGGGCUGAAGACCAUUGCCUCCUGUGUUGCCUGUUGUACCAGAACAUGUGCUGCCAGACAAAAAACAACUGCAUUCACUCUUUGGGCCUCAUCCUGCAAUCCUGACUGAGAAGGUGUGGUCUGGAGGAAAUUACUUGUAGAAUAAAGUACUUGAUACAAAUUUUA